UCAUAACAUUCUUCCGAUCUGUAAUUGUGAAAUAUUAAGUCAUGAGAAUGUAUAUAUUUGUUGCUGUAUUCUUUCCUUUGCAGUUUUAGCCAUACAACUGUUUAUUAAAAAAAUAUUUGAAAUAUUCGUUAAUAUCAUUUUACCUAGUGCUUGUGUUUUUAUUUGAUAAUUGGCUUUUCUUGAAAGUGGGCUUUAAAUAAGAAUAAUAUUACAUUAUACUGUACAUAAUAUAUUUCAAAGACAGGUUCUUACACAAAAGGCGGGAAUCUUAAAUAUACGUGGUCAAGUUAAAAAGAAUAGGGUGAAACCUACACCAAUUACCAUGUGUUACAUGUGUUGGCCAUUCAAGUUCCCUUACUUCACUAAAUACAUGUUAACCAACGAAGGAAAGAGGAAAUACGUCAGCAACAACCAGGACGAUUGGGACCGCUGGGAGAAGAGGAAGUGACGUCACAUCGUGUUUACGGAAGUAAAUUGGCACUGUACAAAUGUCACUGUGUGUGCGUGUAAUGACUUCAAAGUUGUUGCGCAUUCAGUGUCAGUCAACGAUAUCGCUUUGCAAUUAAGCACCCAUCGCCUCCGCGGCUGGAGGUUUUCACCAGACUGUUCUCCAGCGUUUACCCCCUUAAGCAGUAAUACUAGGACGGGAGCCCGGUGACGCCAGCCCCCCGGUGACCAACUAUUAAAUAUAUUUGGUGUAGCAGAACAUUCUAGAUACGUAUUAUUUGAUUAUCAGUAAGAGCGUAUAAUUUACUGCAUUUUAGAGAAAGUGAAUAUUGUACCGAGCGGAAUUAUGUUUUUAGAUUAAUUAUUGGAUAUGUCCUACAUAAUUCUGGUUUCUCAUAAACAAUAAUGAAUUUCCGGCGGGCCAACACCGCCCCAUUCUGCUUGUUUAUCUAGUUUCUGUGUCAGUGUACGUCUAAAUACAUGUCAAGGCAGUAUUAAUCGAGAAGAGCACAUCGAUCUGACUACCCAGAGCCAGUCUUUCACAUUAACCCACCAGUGGCUGACAAAUAAAAUAAAUACAAAGUCAACGUGGAAAUAAAUAAAUGUAAGAAAAAGAAAUGUCAUUAAAUACACACAAAAACAAAAUAAUAGAACCGACCUAUUCAAUACUGUAGUGUUCCGUGAUGUCAAUGUAUAGAAAAGCGCCUUAAUUUCAGAUUUCUUGCGCCUUAAAUACAUACGUUACGGUCUUACGUUAAUACGCUACAGAAAACAAAUAGCCUACAUAAAAAAACGUUUUAACUCAUGGCCGAAUAUUAAAAACACCAAAGCGUGAAUUAAUUUCUACUUUGAUACACCAAUACGCUGCAUUAUAAAAUGUGCAAAUUUGUAACAACAAAAAAAAACAACAAAAAAAAAAAACAAAUCCCAAUGUCUACUUUAAUUAAUGUUUCAUUUUGUUCCACACUGGUCACCAACGGAACGAUUAGGAAGUGAAGAGGAAGAACAUGGAGGACGACCCACGGGACACCGUUUCAGCAGGUGGAAUUGUCUGUCAAUUGUAGAGACUUCCGAGCGCCGACAUAUUUGCAUAUUGGCUCAACGACAGGUUAACGCUGUCCGUUCGUGUUACCCAGAACGAACAUAGCGAGGUAACAUGUCUGCUGUUCCCGCUCGAAACACUAAAAAUAAACGGGUUCGUUUUUCCAGCAUGGAGGACGACAACGUCAAACAAGAGGAGAAAGACACCUUGUAUGAAAAGAAAAGGGACACGAGGGGAACGCCGAAGACCGCACUGAAGGCGACGAAAGGUGGAGGCUACGAACAGCUUGUGGAGGUGGUCAACGGAGGAAGGGGCGGACAGGGAGCGUGUGGCCGCUGGAUGGUUACCCUGACUCUCUGUGCAUCAUUUCUGGGUUUGGGGAUGAGUAUCUCAGUACUCGGCCCAACCUUUGAGGAUUUGGCUUUAAAUGUGAAAAAGAACAUCAGCAACAUCUCCUACGUCUUCUUAGGACGCUCGUUGGGAUACCUGGGAGGAUCGCUGUUUGGAGGCAUUCUGUUUGAGUGCAUGAACCCCCACCUGCUGCUUGGUUGUUCGAUGGUCAUCACAGCGUUCGGGAUGUUUGCCAUCCCUUUCUGCAAGCAGGCUCUGCUCCUCACGGUGUUCAUGUCCAGCAUUGGAAUGUCGAUGGGGGUUCUGGACACAGGUGGGAACGUGCUCAUACUGAACACGUGGGGCAAACAGGCCGGGCCCCACAUGCAGGCGCUGCACUUCAGCUUCGCAGCUGGAGCCUUCGUGUCCCCAAUCAUAGCCAAGCUGCUGUUCGGGGCUGACGGCAACAACAGCGUGAGAACCGUUGCCACCAACUACAGCCUUCCUGCCACCAGAGACCCCGACGCUCACAGGAUCCUACUCUACGUCCAGAGCCCCCUCAGAUCCAUGUGGGCCUACAUCGUGAUUGGAUCUUUUCUCGGCGUCAUCACUUUCUUAUUGUUCUUAUUUUUCGCCUGCGGCAGGUCCUCGACCGACAAAGCCCAAACCGCAUCGGGCAAGCCCCUGCUGGCCAGACACCACACUGCACUCGUUGUCCUGUUUGGCUUUUUUUUCUUCGCCUACGUAGGCGCCGAGGUAAUGUACGGCUCCUACAUCUACACCUACGCCAAGGAUUUUGCGCAAAUGGAGCAAGCGCAGGCAGCUGGCCUGAACUCAUUUUACUGGGGGGCGUUCGCCGUGUGUCGAGGGAUGGCGAUUUUCUUUGCGACGUGCAUGUACCCGGGCACCCUGAUCCUGUUCAGCCUGGUGGGCAGCACCGUCUCCUCUCUACUUCUCUGCCUCUUCAACAGGGAGAAAGUAGUGCUUUGGGUUUGCACCUGUCUCUAUGGUGCCUCCAUUGCCACCACGUUCCCCAGCGGCAUUUCCUGGAUAGAACAGUACACCACAGUGACAGGGAACACAGCGUCAGUCUUCGUGGUGGGUGCCGCACUGGGCGAAAUGAUGCUGCCCACUUUUGUCGGGUUCAUGCUGGGCCAGUUUCCCGAUCAGCCUGUGAUGAUGUACAUGUUGCUCGCCACUUCCGCAAUCACCGCCAUCAUCUUCCCGGUUAUGUACAAACUCGCCACCGCCCCCAGUGGCCAAAGUAGGAAACCCCACAACGUGGCACAAAGAGACGCUGACGACAGAGAGUUUUGCCAGGCCCUUUUACACGAUGAAGAGGACGACGACAACGACCCGGACCAGUGGAACAAUGCAGAUUUUGAGUUGAUCGAAAUGGACAACACGCCUCUCGUGGACUCUCCCGCUGAAGUGAGCGGCAACUGUGUCGUCACCGAACCUAUGUUCACAGCGGCAGCCUCUUUCUCAAGCGCCGUGUCUGUAAACGCAGCCUCCCCCCGACGCAAGCCGCUGCCCCCCGCCUGACCAG